AGUUCUCUCAACCGGUCGAUCGGAAUUGUGUGGCGAUAACGUAACAGUCACGUGGUUGGGGGAGGGGGGACGGAGGCGUUACAUUGUGUACGUGUGUGUAAGCGACAAGGAAGAGUGUAUACGCCUCGGAAUAUGCGCCGGGUGUAGGUGUACGUGAGUUCGCGCGCGCGGGAGACAACAAUGACUCCUGCGCCGCACUUCUCUCUAACCUCGAUUCCUUGAGAGGUGGAAGUCAGUCUUUAGUCUCGCUCUGCAAGGUGGUUUUCACUUCCGCGUCUCUUCUUUUGUUUACUGUUUACUUCAACGUUCUUUUAUUAUUGUUUACAUAUAUUAUCGUUUGCUAUCGUUUUUGGCAAGUGUUUAUUUAUAUUUAAGACGACCUUUAUUACGCAUUUUAACGGGUUGUCCGGAAGUAAUUGUUAAAAGACUAAAAAAUAUGCAAAUUUUUACGUUAAUUGUUUACUCUUUCGCCUUGUUCACAUCGCCAACUGACGACCUGAAAAAUGAACAGACAGGUCGAUGCUAUUUUUGUGCUUGAACGAAAACCAACAUAUUAGUUUUAUUUAAAUUUUAAAAAAGUGUGAGACAAAAUACGUGAUCACUUCCCAACGGAAGUCCGCCGCCCAUCGUGUAAUGCACGGAGUAAUGGGGUGGGAUUAUGUAAUGGCGCGUCUGUGAAGGCAGCUGGCAGUGUGUCUGUGUGUGUGUCAUUAUUAUUUGAAAGCAAACAGGAAGUCUCGUCCGUCAUUUUAAGUCUGUUAAGCCUUAUUGUGAAAAAGAUAGAUUUACUUCAUAGUAAAUGGAAACUUACGUUUAAAAAAAUUAUCGAAAUGAACAUAUGGUUGAUAAAUAUAGAAAAUAGUGCAGUCACCUCAAAGACCUGAAAAUAAUUCAGAUUAUCAAGACGAAACAUUACCGUCAUUACUGCAACGGUGUAAGUCUCCCUGUCUUGAGCAAUGUGGAUCAUAAUGGGCCGUCAUUACUGUCUAUCAUAACGAAUAAUCGACAAAUAAUAAUUUUUUUUCUAUUAAGGAUAUAUGCAUGAUUUCAUUAAUCUUUGCCAACUCCGCUAAUCUUCAAAGAACACAGGAUUACGGAGCUCCUGGGAGCUGAUUAUCACAGAACUAUGGGCACUAGGAACCCCAGAGCAGACCCGUGACCUGCGCUCGAGUGACCCCUCGCGACCUGAAGGAUGACAAUGACCUCCGAUAACCCGGCCAGGAUGAGAUGACCUGGGAUGCCUCAGCACUUUGUGCCCCAAUAUGACCUGAAGAUUCGUGGAAGCAAAUACAUUAUAGAAUGGAGAUUUGGAGCACAUCCAACCGUCCAUGCGGUAUCACCGAGCGGAGUCCCCCUCCUGCUCCGCAAGCCUCUUCCGAAGGCGUCGACUUCGAGCAUCCCACUCGGAGGGCCUCCGGUUCCAGGUGGUGGUUCCCAGGGCGGUAAUGUAGGAAGAGGAGUGGCCCCUGGUGGUGGGGGACUUGGAGGGGGCCCUGUAUAUAACGGUGGGGGACGAGGAGGGUCCCAAGGGGAGAUAGCCAACAGAGGUGGGAACUUUUCAGUGCUGCCUCCAAUCAGAGACAACGGGAGGUUCAAAGAGAGCACAGGGAGCUUCAGUCUUUCGGAGCUGGAUGAUAUUACUCUCAAAAACGAAGCUCUGAGAGCCAUGAAAGAAGUCCCAGACAGAACCCUCCAGAGCCUGCUGUCGAACCUGAGAGCCCAGGACAGAGACAGAGACGGCAUUCUUUCCUCAGAUCAAGUGAAGGGGACGCUGAGGAAGUUUCAGUUCAACCUGAGCGACGGCGCCCAGAAGAACCUAUGUCGGAAAUUCGGGCAGCCGGGCGACCACGUGGCCAUGGUCCGAUACGAGGACAUGUUUGGAUACCUCGCCAAGUCGCGGAUGGAGGCUGUGCGGGCUCCACCAUCCAUGCCAGCUACCGGACAGAGUGGAUCCAGCCAAACCUCACAACAACAGUACCCCAGGAAGAUCAACUUGAGGAACAAAGUUCUCUUCAGCGAUCGAGACGAGGCCAAACUGAUCAUUGACCUGGAACGCCAACUGGCUGACAAGCCUGUCAACAUGGCUGACCUUCGGGGCAUCAUGAUCAACUUCGAUCGCGACAGGAACGAUUACAUUACCGGCCCACAGGUGGAGACGGCCUUCAGGAAGUGCGGUAUCAACCUCACGCCGGACGUGAUGUCCCGCCUCCUGCUGGCCACGGAUAGGACAGGUGCUGGCAUGUACAAGAUCGACACUCUCAUAGACUACCUCAUUCGCAUCCGGCCAGAGGCUCACAGCGUCAUGCUAGGGAACAACCACAACCCAAGACCACCAAAGGUAGGGAAACUGCCUAUGUACAUCAACCAACCGACGCUCACAGCCCCUUGGGAGUAUCAACAAUCUUCUCAGCAGGGAAACAGCGAAUUCCUACCUGACGAAGGUUUCAGCGAAGACCACCUUCAGCAGCCCAUCACCCCAGUGUCUCCAGUUCCUCAGCCUACCCUUGAGGAACCCGAGGAGGAGGAGGAGCCGUUCGAUGUCCACAAGUGGAGCCGGGACUAUCACAAACUGGCCGAGGCGAUCUACAGCGCCGAUAGUGAUAGGUCAGGUUACAUGCCUGCAGAGGAAGUUCGUCGAGUGUCAAAUACCUACAAUGCAGUGUACAGGCUUGAUAUUUCCGAUGUCAGUAUCAACACAGCCCUAAUCACAGCCACUGACCCAAACUACGGGGAGGUGCAUCUUGAGUACUACAUAGCAGUGCUUCAGGACCUACACUUCAGAGAGAUUGAGGACUACUGAAGUCUCCAGCUAAGGAGAGGUGCAUCUUCUGGAGUACUUCAUCUCAAGUGCUACAGGACCUUCACUUCAGAGAGAUUAAGGACUACUGAAAUCCCCAGCUGAGAAGAGGUACAUUUCAGAGACUGAGGACUACUGAAGUCUGAAAGUCAGUGCUGCAGCCAGAAUUUCAUGAAUCUUAAAUCAGGUGUCACUGCAAAAUAAGAAUUCUCAAUAUCCAAGACAACAAGUGGCUACGUAACCUCGCAGAGGUGCAGUGGUAAAAAAAAACCUGGCAUAAGACCACCUAGGGAUAAUGCAGAGACCCAUGUGACCGAAAGGAAGGUGGAGUCUUUUAUCAGGCACAAAUCAUAAGUUCUUGACAAGCCUGAGAGAGCCUCUUUCAUUACCAGUUGCUAGAGAAAUGCAGGACCUACUACAGAAGUUCGAAUGAAGAUGCAAUGCAUUACUAACCUAAUGUUUGCAUUUAAUUACAUUUUUACCUAUUUAUUAAUUUAUUAAUUGAUAUUGUCGUUUAAUAAUAAGUGAGAUCUCUACCUUCUUCUGUAUUCCCCUUUACUUCCGUUCACUUCUUCCUAAUGAACACCUUCAUAUUCUUUGGAAGCUUCAAGAAUUUCAAGUCAAUGGUCCCUACUCUGGGUUUGUUCCAUAAGAUGAGGUUUCAUCUUCUAAAUAAUAAUAAUAAUAAUAAUAAUAAUCUUACUAUAAUGGAUGUUGUCUGUCCGUCCGUCUGUCGUUCAAUCAUGGCCAAACGGCUGGUCCAAUGGGCAUGAAACUUGGCAGUGUUACUGGGGACCCCUAUGAUGGUUUAUAACGGUGUUUCAUCCUACCUCUACCCCCUCCAAAGAGGGUGGGGGUGAGAAGGGAUUCCCCGAAACAGAGCUGGUUCUACCCGUAAAAAGAGGCUGGUUACGCCCAUAGACUUAAUUACUUUACGAAUUUUCAUACAUAAUUUCUGUAUACAUACUAUGUUUGCUAGUAACAAUAACAAGCCUUUAUACUUGGAGGGUGUCUAAUGAGAAAGAUUUCAAAAUUAAACUGAUGUGCUGUCCUCAAAAAACCGAGGUGCACUUUUGUGGACUAUUUUCAAACUCAGUUUCAGAAAUCUUCUAAGAUAAUUCGCCAGUGUUGUCUUAAAUCAUUUAACCCGUGAAACUUAUAGCUUCUUUUUAUUAUUAUUAUUAUUAUUAUUAUUAUUAUUAUU